CGGAGCCUGCGCUGAGGGCGGGCAGCAGAGGGUUGAGGCGCCGGCGGUGCGAGAAAUCGGGUUGAUAGUGAAUCAUCUGAGAAAUGGCCACGCGCCUCAGAUCGGCUGGUAAGAAAUGUACGGUGAUCGGCGGGUCGGGAUUCUUAGGCCAGCACAUGGUGGAGCAGCUCUUGGAGAAGGGUUACACCGUCAACGUGUUUGAUAUUCAAAAGAGGUUUGACAACGACAGAGUGCAGUUCUUCCUGGGAGACCUCUGCGACAAAGAGGCUUUGCUCCCAGCUUUACAAGGUGUGUCAGUGGCAUUUCAUUGUGCAUCACCAGCACCUUCAAGUGACAACAGGGAACUGUUCUAUAAGGUGAAUUUUAUGGGAACCAAAGCAGUCAUUGAAGCCUGCAAAGAAGCUGGAGUGCAGAAACUGGUGUUAACUAGCAGUGCCAGCGUGGUUUUUGAGGGCACAGACAUAAAAAAUGGAUCAGAAGACCUCCCUUAUGCAAAAAAACCUAUCGACUAUUACACAGAGACGAAGAUCCUACAGGAGAAGGAAGUGCUCGCUGCGAAUGACCCAGGCAACAAUUUCUUCACUACUGCUAUUCGUCCCCAUGGAAUAUUUGGUCCUAGAGACCCUCAGCUGGUUCCCAUCCUCAUCCAGGCAGCUAAGAGCGGCAAAAUGAAGUUCAUAAUUGGGGAUGGAAAGAACUUGGUAGAUUUCACCUAUGUGGAAAACGUGGUCCACGGACACAUCCUAGCUGCAGAAAGUCUUCAGGAAGGCUCUCCCCUGUGCGGGAAGGCGUUUCAUAUCACAAAUGAUGAACCAGUUCCUUUCUGGACUUUCAUGUCCCGUAUCUUGACUGGCUUGAACUACGAUCCUCCCAAGUACCAUAUUCCCUAUUGGCUGGCAUAUUACCUGGCCCUCUUCCUGUCUCUAGUGCUGUGGCUGCUGAGUCCGCUGGUCACCAUCAAGCCCACUUUCACCCCGAUGCGGGUAGCGUUAGCUGGAACAUUUCACUACUAUAGCUGUGAACGGGCCAAGAGAGACAUGGGCUACAAACCAGUGGUGAGCUUGGAUGAAGCAAUAGCCAGGACUCUGCAGAGCUACCCCCACCUACGCCGGGCUAAGGCCUGAGAAGUCCCAGAUGGAUUUUUUUUUUUUUUUCCUACUUGAUUUUCGUAAUUGCUUUGACAUCCUAACAUGAACACUGAAGCAAACUUCGCUAAUUCUCUGGAACAGGGAGUUUUCCCAAAGUCCCUCCUCCUCCUCCUCACCAUUGUCAAGAUGGCUUUAUCUGGGUUGAAAAAAACUCACGUAGGAGCUGUGCUAACAGUUCUUUUCUUUGAUGUGACUUCUUGUUUUGAAACAGCUGCUGAACCCUACAGACUAUGAAUAAACACCCUGCUGUGCCCUCUUCAAUCCCAACCCAGCACAUCAGCAUUCCUCCCUCUUCUCUCUCCACCCUCGUCCUCUGUUUUGUUGCUCUGGUGAUAACAGCCGCCUCUUCUCGUAGCUGCAGACUGGUUAAUGAAACACUUCUCACGACUGG